AAACACUGUCUGUCUAAAGGUCGAUGCUGUAGUGCAGUACAAAUAGUGAUUUUUAGGACUCCUGUCUUCAGAAACACUGAAACAGUAAAAGUGAACCUGCUCAGGACUGACCUAAAUCGGGUCAAACGACUCAAAAAGUUUCUUGAUGUCUGAAUCAAUGAGCUGGAUGAUUCUUCUCUUAAUUCAUCUGACCUCAGCGCUCCAGUCACCAGUGUUUCUGGAGAGGCGUGAUGCUGUUCAUCUGCUCAGGAACCGAAGGGCAAACGUCUUCCUGGAGGAGAUGAAGCCUGGGAAUCUGGAGCGGGAGUGUUAUGAGGAGCGCUGCUCUCUAGAGGAGGCGGCCGAGAUCUUCCAGAGCAGAGAGAAAACAAUGGAGUUCUGGUACAAAUAUCAGAAUCUGAAUCUGUGUAGAUUUAACCCGUGUCUGAAUGGAGGAAUCUGCAGCGAGAGCCGCGGCAUUCGCGAGUGUCUCUGUCCUCCGCAGUACAGCGGGACGAACUGUCAAACAGAGGUGUUUGACUGUAAGUUUAAGAACGGAGGGUGUCUGCAUUACUGCAGUCAGUCGGAGCAGACGGCUGGUGUUGUGUGCAGCUGCGCAGACGGUUACCAGCUGGAUGAAGACGGACGCAGCUGCAGUCCAUCAGUGCAGUAUCCGUGUGGGAAGCAGUGGAUUGGUGGGAUCAUGUCUCGCUCACUGGAUGAUGUUAGCCUCACGGAUGCUGAUUAUGCAAACCACACCCACACCACAACAAACUCCUCCCACUCAUUACAUAAAAACAGUUCACUGGUAAACACGACUCACAAGCCAAACCAAACCGAUCCAGCAUCACAGGAGCUGUCUGACACAGGAAGUGACAUCAGCGGCGUGAACGAGGACUCGCGCAUCGUCGGAGGUCAGCUGCAGGGUCAGGGCGGGAGUCCGUGGCAGGUUCUUCUUCGUCGUAAGGAUGAGUACGGCUUCUGUGGGGGGUCUCUGAUCAGUCAGCGCUGGGUCGUGACGGCAGCUCACUGUCUCCAGCAAACACCAGAUCAUGUGACCAUCGGAGACUAUGAUAAGAUGCGUCUAGACAAAGACGAGCAGAAGAUCACGGUGCAGAAGAUCGUCGUCCACCCACACUUCCACGACUACACCUUCGACAGCGACAUCGCUCUGCUCUAUCUGUCCUAUCCCGUCACUCUGGGGCCCUUCUCCGUCCCUGUCUGUCUGCCCGAUGCCAACCUGGCCACACGGCUGCUGAAGCCCGGGGAGCAGGGCCUGGUGUCUGGAUGGGGCUCCACGGGCUUCCUGCGGCUCUCCUCCCGCUUCCUGAGGAAGGUGGUGCUUCCUGUGGCCGAUCAGAUGAGCUGCAUCAACUCCACCGAGCACGUCAUCACCGACAACAUGUUCUGCGCCGGAUACCUGCUGGAGGAGAUGGACGCCUGCACAGGGGACAGCGGCGGCCCCUUCGUAGUCAACUACAGGGGCACCUGGUUCCUGGCCGGCGUGGUGAGCUGGGGCGAGAGAUGCGCCGCCGAGGGCAAAUACGGCGUUUACACCCGACUGGGGAACUACUUGCCCUGGAUACGUGAAGAGAUGAUGAAAGAGGAAUCGGGACGCAGCCGGAGCCAGUCCACUACUGAAGCUCAAAAACACCUGUGACCCAACACCGGUCUGAAGGGUCUAGAGAGUUAUACAGCAUCUGAAAGCUGAGGAAAUCAUCUUUCCAUUGAUGUAUGGUUUUUAGGAGGACUAUAUUUGUCUGAGAUACAAUUAUUUGAAAAUCUGGAAUCUGAGAGAGCAAAAAAAAUGAUAA